AUGCGCCUAACAGCGCUACUGCUGCUCUCUACAGCCGGACUGUUUAGCACGGCCACGGCCAUAGCAGACCGCUACGCACCCUUCCUCGACUCGCUGUUCGGCCUCUCGAACGAUGCCCUCCUUAUCAAGCGUCAGAACAAUUGCCAGUCGGGCUAUAUCAACUGUGGAAACUUAGGCGCCAGCGAUGUCUGCUGCUCACAGGGGUCGAAUUGUGCCCUGGACCAGGCCGGGAAUAUCGCCUGCUGUCCCUCAGGUGCUGUCUGCACUGGAACCAUAAGAGGCACAAGGACAGACUCUGUUACAUCAGGCUCAGCAUCGGGCACCAACGCAGCCUCAAGCACAACUGCCUUCGUUCUUGGAGGUACAACCACUUCCACCACUUCUCAAGGCACCACCGCGCAACCCACCGGUGUGGCAGGAGGUGGCUCAACUGUGCCGAACAACUUCUUUCCAUUUAUAUACAUUCCCACGAGCUACGCGAAUGCCGCCUUGUGCACGAGUGCCUUUUCCAGCUGCCAGACAGCCUCGACAUCGUGCUUUGUUGCUCUCGCUGGCCAGAAUGGCGUCACGGUGUCCGGCUUCGGAGGCGGCAUCACCGUGCAAGGAGCCUCGGGCACGAUCCUCAGCACUGCAAGCAGCAUCUGCAGUUCUCUCAGCGCUGAAGGCUGUUAUAAUCUGCAGGAAUCACAGUGUGCUGGAUUUGGAACCGGUGCAGGUUCAAACCCAACAGGAUCCGGCACUACCACUGGCUUUGUCCAGGUCGGUAACCAUGGUCCGCGCCAGACCGCAUGCCCUGGUAUACUAUAUGCUGCAGGUGCUGGCGCCAUGGUUGGAGCUGUUGGUGGGUUGUUAUAG